AUGCUGCCACGUGGUGCAAAACCUGAGACUAGCGAGUGGCGUCGACGUAGGAGUAGAUUCGCGUGGUGGGUGGCGCGAACUCGUCGUCUCGCUCGUCGUUUGUCUAUGGCCGCCAAUAGAGAAUUGCACGCUGAACUAUAUCCCUACGUGUGGGAGUUAUGCGCUGUUCUAGCACUAUUGGAUGGGUUCGUUAGGUGGUUGGGUAAGGAAUUUUAUUAUAACAUAAUUAGUUUUUGUAUGUCAUUAUAUUAA